CGCUGCGGUGUGCACGAGCGCUGAGGCCUUCCGGGCGGAUCGACGGUGUUCACAGUUCGCCGCUUCCUUCCGUGGCAUGGCUUCGUAACUAUCCGAAGAUGUCACCCAUAAUUCUGUACAACCACGACGCCAGUCCUCCAUGUUGCCUUGUUCGUCUAGUAGCUGGUGUGAUUGGAGUAGAUAUCAAAAAGGUGGAUGUAAGGGACAUCGAAAAUGGAAUGAAAAAUCCUGAAAUACUUAAGAAAAACCCACAGCACACUGUUCCUACAAUAGACGACAAUGGUUUAGUCAUUGCUGAGAGCCGUGCAAUUGCGAUGUACCUAGUUUCCAAAUACGCCAAGACUGGUUCGCUGUAUCCAGCUGACCUGCAGAAGCGUGUUCUCGUCGAUCAGCGACUGUUCUUCGAUCAAGAUUUGUACAACAGAAUAUUGGCUGUGUGUGCACCACUAUUCUAUGGCAAACCUGUGCCGCAGAGCGACGCCGACAAGAUGAAAGAUGGUUUAGACACCUUAAGCAGGAUGCUGGACGGCAAACAGUGGCUAGCGGGAGACAACGUCACACUUGCCGAUUACGCAGUUGCUGUAUCUUUGGCAACUUUAGAGUACAAUCCAGAAUUUGCUAUUGAUGCUGCUAAGCACCCUAACAUCACCCAGUGGAUUUCUCGUCUUGAAGAGUCUUCUCCAAUGUACAGAGAGCAUAUAGAACAGUUCUUUGAGACAGUAAGAAAAACAGCCGAAGAAGAAAAGAAGAAAGCUCAACAGAAAUAAAUAUAUGAACUACUAUUUUCAUAAAAUUUUGUGAUAAAUAUUUCAUAUAAUAAAUAACUUAAUUACCUUAUCCUAGAUACUUAUUAACACCUAAAUUUUACAAUACACACAUUAAUAAAAUCGAAAAAUUAUA